CCCAGACGUGCGCGGGAGGGGAACUGUCCCAGCCCUGGCCCCCGGGGCGCUACAGGGUCAGAAAGGACCCGCCCUUCUCAGAUUAGGUCCCAGCAGGGCGAAGGUUGUCCUCAAGGCCACGUGAGGCUUCCUCGCCCCUAAAAGCCCCAAACAGGCCGGGCUCAUGAAAGAGAAAAGUUAAGGACUCCCCAGCCUCUGCAUCGCUGCGCCCCGUUGCCGACCGCAGAGCCGCCCUUCCAACAGCCGCCUGGUCCAGCAGAGCGGAGAUCGCCGCCGCCGGGCGAUGUCCCGCCGCAGCCAGGACAGGAGCCUCGGCCUGACCCCGCCGCCGGCCCCGCUGCUCCUGCUGCUGCUUCUGGCCGCCGCGGUGCUGCCGAGCCUGGCAGAUGUCUACCAUGCAACUGUGUACUGGGUACCUACUGAGAAGAAAAUACAAAUCAAAAAUGUCCUAGACAGGAAUGGGGAUGCCUAUGGCUUUUACAAUAACUCCGUGAACACCACAGGCUGGGGCAUCCUGGAGAUCAGAGCGGGGUACGGUUCUCAGUCCCUGAGCAAUGAGAUCACCAUGUUUGCAGCCGGCUUUUUGGAGGGUUACCUCACUGCCCCAUACAUGUCUAACCACUUCAAAAACCUCUACCCACAGCUGAUUAAGAAACGUUCCAUGAUGAAUAAAGUGCAGAAGUUUUUAACGAAGCAAGAUCAGUGGACCCGGGAUAACAUCAAAUCUCACAAGAAUGACCCAUUUUGGAGACACACAGGCUAUGUCAUGGCACAAAUGGAUGGGCUAUAUGCCGGGGCAAUGCAGAGGGCGACAGCAGAUAAAACACAGUCCAUGACCCUGUUUCAGAUUCAGUUCCUGAAUGCCAUUGGAGACCUGCUGGACGUAAUUCCCUCACUUUCUCCCACACAAAACUCCAGCCUGGGGGGUUUUAAGAGAUGGGAGAUGGGACAUUGCUCGGCUCUGAUUAAGGUUCUUCCUGGAUAUGAGAACAUCUUUUUUGCUCACUCAAGCUGGUACACAUAUGCAGCCAUGCUCAGGAUAUAUAAACACUGGAACUUCAACAUCACUGAUGAAGACACCAGAAGUAGUCGCCUCUCUUUCAGCAGUUACCCAGGGUUGUUGGAGUCUCUGGAUGACUUUUACCUUCUUAGCAGUGGUUUGGUAAUGCUGCAGACCACGAACAGCAUAUAUAAUAAAACCCUACUGAAGCAUGUGGUACCCCAGUCUCUCCUGGCCUGGCAAAGAGUCCGGGUGGCCAAUAUGAUGGCAAAUGGUGGCAGGCAGUGGGCAAAGAUCUUUUCAAAAUACAACUCUGGCACGUAUAACAAUCAAUACAUGAUCCUGGACCUGAAGAAGGUAAAUCUGAACCGCAGCCUUGACAAAGGCACUCUGUACAUUGUGGAGCAAAUUCCUACGUAUAUAGAAUAUUCGGAACAAACCAAUGUUCUGCGGAGAGGAUAUUGGCCCUCCUACAACAUUCCUUUCCAUGAAAAAAUCUACGACUGGAGUGGCUAUCCAAUGUUGGUUAAGAAGCUGGGUUUGGAAUUCUCUUACGAUCUGUCUGCACGAGCCAAAAUCUUCCGGCGUGACCAAGGGAAAGUGAUUGAUAUGGAAUCCAUGAAAUAUAUCAUGCGAUACAACAAUUACAAGAAGGAUCCUUACACUAAGAGUGAUCCCUGUGACACCAUCUGCUGCCGUGAAGACCUGAGCUCAAUUAAUCCAAGACCUGGAGGGUGCUAUGACACCAAGGUGGCAGAUAUGUCCCUGGCAUCCAAGUACACAGCCUACGCCAUUAGUGGGCCCACAGUACAAGAUGGCCUCCCUGUUUUUCAAUGGAGCCGUUUCAACAAAACUCUUCAUGAGGGCAUGCCAGAGAGCUACAACUUUGAUUUUAUUAUCACGAAUCCAAUUUUGUAACUUGACAUAAAAACGAAGGAGGGAGAUGAGGGAAUAGAAGGCUGCACAUAAAAGACCAAAGGCACUAUUUUAGCUACGUUUUUUCCAUUCAGAAUUAGUCUUAAUAAAAUAUAUUCGAUUCAGUCUA